AUGGCCAAUUCUUUAAGAGGUGAAGUGGUGAAACUGUACAAAAAUCUGCUGUACCUCGGCAAGGAAUAUCCCAAAGGAGCAGACUACUUCAGAAGCCGUCUGAAAGCAGCUUUUCUGAAGAACAAAGAUGAGAAAGAUCCUGAGAAAAUCAAGCAGCUAAUUGCACGUGGAGAGUUUGUUAUAAAGGAGCUGGAGGCUCUCUACUUCCUGAGGAAAUACAGAGCCAUGAAGCAGCGCUACUACAGCGAUGACGAGCGCUGA